AUGCUAACGCGACUGGUUUCAGACGCGUUGCAUGUCAUCAAGUUAAACAGACCAGAGCAAGCUGGGAACACAGCCGACUACAGUCUGAUGGUUGGAAGCAAGUCGAGGUUGGAGUCUGAUUUCUCCAUUAUAUCAACAAUCAAGAAUAAUAUCCCUACCCAACAACUUCUUAUCAGAUUGGAGCGCUUGCACGAAGAACUUUCCAACCUAAAGCAAGAAUCAGUUGACCUUCGCUCGCUGGAGAGAUAUCGAGCUGACCUAAUUGAUAGGAAGAUACUUAGGAAUAAAGACCAUGGCGUGAGGGCAUUCGCGGCAUGUUGCUUGAGUGACAUAUUGAGACUUUACGCUCCUGACGCGCCGUACACGGACAAGGAGCUUACUGAGAUCUUUCGGCUGUUUUUAGCUCAACUCAAACUACUGCAAGAACCUGAGAAUGGUUACCUCACUCAGCAGACAUACCUGAUCAACAACUUGUUGGAAUACCGGUCAAUAGUGAUUUUGACUGACCUGCCUAGUUCCUCGCAACUUGUCGAAGAGCUCUUCAAUAUAUUUUAUUCUCCUACUAAUAGCACCAUUCAGGGAAACAUGUUCACGGCGAUUGGCGGGAUUUUAGGGGAAGUUAUAUCUGAGUGUGACUCUCUUCCUAUGUCGGCGCUUAAGAUGGUUUUCAACAAGUUUCUUUCCCACAAACGCGCGGAAUCGCUGGAUGGUAUCAAUUACAAAAAAGAUCCUGGCUUUGAGAUUAGCUUGAUCAUAUGCCAAACAUACUCUAAUAGACUAGGUCGGCACUUUAUCAAGUUCUAUUCUGAGAUAAUGUAUGAGGUUCUAGGUGAGAGUGAUAUCCACGAAAAAGGGAUAGCAUCGAGCGCUUAUAAGACUCUUGUUAAAAUUGGAAACCUGACUUCUGAACUAUGGAAGUACGCUCCAGAGUUGGUUGGGUCUGUUACGGGCUUGCUUUAUCAACUGCUUUGCUCUGAUAAUGAGCUCUUUCGGGAAUCAGCCACGAAAUGUGUGAGUAAAAUGCUCGGAACUCACUCGCUCAUAAAUUUUGCAGUUGCACACAGCGACACUUACAAGAUUUGGCUCAGCAAAAUGGCUGACAUUAGUCCUCAUGUUAGGCAGGCGUGGGUUUCUGAAAUACCAUCGAUUUUGAUGAGCCGAAGUGACCUGUCCGAUGAUAUAUCAAAGGGCUUGGCCAAAGCACUUAUCGAUUCUGACCACACGGUCCGCUUAAGUGCAAUUCAAACCUUCCAUGAGGUGCCAGUGAAACGCCUUUGGGAGUGUCUUCCAAACGCAGCCGUUUUUGCAGGCCUCGUACACUUAACAAGAGAGACAAGGCGAGAUCUUCGGGACGAAUGCAUUGAUGCAGUUGCUAGAAUCUAUACCGAGUCCAUUGAGAGUAUCCCGAAGACAAAUGAAAACAAAGAAAUUUGGGGCGUGGUAGAAACCAUACCGUCAGCUUGCUUCAACUUGUAUUACAUUAAUGACUUAGAGAUAAACAUGAAAGUUGACUUACUCACGUUUGAAAAGUUUUUGCCGCUUGGGCUGAGUAAUGAAGAAUUUGUUCAGCGGCUUUUGACUCUAUUGCAAGGGUUCAAUGAGAAAGCGUUCUCGUCCUUUUACGCCUUUAACAGAAGACAAGACCAAAUGUCGACGGUGCUUUGGAAAUUCAUAGAGUUUUGUGAGGAGACUAAUUCUCAAAGUCCAGCAGCCAGCCUGUCUGACACUAAGCUCAUCAAAACAGUUGAAUGGAUUAGCAGUGGGUUUCCGUCCCACUUGAACGUUGAGCAAAUAUUACUUGCUUUCAGAGAGCUCAAUGACCGGAGACUAUAUCGUCUCAUUAAAGUCGCUGUCGCUGAGACCUCUAAACACUUGACAGUUCGCAACGCAGUUUCUGAACUCUUCAAAAGAUUAGAGGAACCAGAGCUUUUCCGGAAGAAAAACAUCAAGAUUGAAUCGAGAUUCACCAGGGACAACUUUUCUACCGUCUUCCGAGUUCUAAUCUAUAGGGCAGCGCCAAUCAUUUUCAAUAUCUCAAAUCUUCCCAGCUUCCUCAACACAUCUGACUCCUCAAAUGAGGACGAAAAGGCUCUUAAGCGCCAGCUUAUUGAUAACAUAUCCAUCAUUAAACCAGGCAUUUUUAAAGAUCAAGUGAAGAACCUGGUCACCAUAAUUACGGAGGGCGAAACGACCGGCCCCGGAAACACUUUGAGCCUCGCAGAAGCCAUGAGAACCGUGUACAAAAUAUCCAAGGACAAGCGCGAGCACUUGGACAUUGAGGAAAACACUUUUUUCUUCCAGAAGUUGGAAGAUUACGCGAAAGAAGGUAAUCCGCUUGAAGCAAAGUACGCAAUCAAAUUGUUAGGACUUGCGCCUAAUGCCGCGGAAUAUUUGUCAGAGGUUGCGACCGCCAUCCUACCUUUGGACCUCAAAUCAAAGCAUUUUGCUUCGAACGUUUUGGUUUUGGCCGAGAUUACCAAAAUGCAGCCUCAGCUUCUUGAGAAAGACUCGACAGAAAUCGUCGGGCUCUUAAUCAAAGAUGUUCUUUUGUCCAAUGACGUGGUUGGAGAUGAGGAUGACCAGCAGGCAUGGUUUUCCGAUGAGGAUAUAUAUACGGGCAAAGCGGACGCUUUGAGCGCCAAGGUAUUUUCUUUGAAGCUGUUUGCGAACAAGAUCAAAGUAAUGGCGCCUGACGCGCAUGCUGACGAGAUGACCCAUGCCUUCACGGAGAGGACUUUAAAGUUAUUUUUUUAUCUUGUGGCCAGCGGGGGUGAACUAGUCUCAGAGUCAAACACCGAUAACUAUCCCACUCCAGCCAACUACCAAAACAAGCUGAGAUGCUGCGCUGGACUACACAUCCUGAAGAUCACAAAGAUUGCGUCGUUAAGCAGAUUUAUCAAGCCGCAGGACAUCAGCAAGUUGAUGAACCUUGUGGAGGAUGAGUCACUCGAGGUGAGGAGCUCAUUCAUUGGAAGGUUGAAGGACUUCCUCGGCGAUGGGUCUAUCUCUAUCAAGUUUCUUCCCCUGGUGUUUUUUACAGCAUAUGAGCCGGAUCAAGCUCUGAGAACAAGCACGAAAAUGUGGAUUAACUACACCUUGAGCAAAGAAAACUUUAGGAAAGGAACUUUUUUUGAGCGCGCGCUCCCACGGUUGAUACACUUCAUCGCGCACCAUCCGGACGUCGCGGAGGGACUUCGGCUUCGGGAAACUGCUUUUCUGACGGGUUUGACUACGGCGAUUGACUACUUGGUGUUUUACGCGGACUCCGUGCUGAAGGCAAGUAACCUGGCGCUCUUGUACUAUUUAGCGGGAAGGGUGAGGCAGUACAGGGACGCAGUGACCGAAGAGGACAACGAAGGCGAGGACGAAGACGAGGACGAAGAGACUGACCAGACGUCCCACAAUAGCAGUUCAAACAUUUAUAUUAUAUCUGAGCUGGCGCAAUUAGUACUCGGUGAAUUCAAAGAGCAUCACGAAUGGACGCUGUCAUCGUACCCUGGGAAACUCAAUCUGCCGUCGGAUUUAUUUGAGCCAUUCGAAAGUAUUGACGAAGCGCGCAAAAAUACAUUUGAGACCUAUCUCAGAACAGAAGACACGCGUAGCCUUCGGAAGGUGAUAGCUGCCAAGGUUUCCCGCCUUUACCGGCGCACCAACGUGCACAAACCUUUGGUUCAAAAGAGAAAGAAUCCCGAAAGCAGCAGCCGGCCCAGAAAAAGGGCGCAGGCAUCUGUACACUCUGACGCGGAGCUCGAAGGCGAGUCCGAGGAUGAUAGCUACGUACCUUCAAGGUCGCGCCGCGGCGCAGUAGGCGAGACAAGAAAGAGUUCAAGGCCCAAGAAGGCUGUUGAUUACGCGGACGACGAGAGUGAAGAGGACUAG